AUGCUUGUCCUUCACGGUCUCGGCUUAAUUGUCAGUUCCGCACUGAUCGUUGCUCAGAGUGAAUGUCCUGGCUACGCUGCAACGAAUAUCCAGCAAACCCAAAGUGGUUUGACGGCUGAUCUGCAUCUUGCAGGCCGUUCCUGCGAUGUCUACGGGGUAGAUCUACCCAAUCUGACCCUGACUGUAGAAUAUCAGACUGGUAUCUCAGAGCAUCGGAUACGAGGGUCUUCGAGGCUUCACGUUCUCAUCCAGGACGCAAACGAAACAGUAUAUCAAAUCCCAGAAUCUGUUCUUCCUAGGCCCAACACUACCUCAGAAAUUUGGGCCAACGACUCUAAAAUUCAAUUAACCUACACGGAGGACCCUUUCAGCUUCGCAGUCUCCCGCCUUGAAGGGGAAGCACUUUUCAACACAUCAGGCUAUCCGAUCAUCUUUGAAUCACAGUAUUUAGGCCUAAGAACCUCACUUCCAGAUGGUCCAAAUCUAUACGGCCUUGGUGAGCACUCUGACCAUUUCAAAUUGAAUACAACCAAUUACACAUGGACCCUGUGGUCUCGAGACUCCUACGCGAUUCCGCAAGGCACCAAUCUCUACGGCAAUCACCCAGUCUAUGUCGAUCACCGAGGAGAAAAUGGUACCCAUGGAGUUGUUCUUAUGAAUUCGAACGGGAUGGACAUUAAGAUCAACAAUACCAAUGGCCAGUAUCUUGAAUAUAACACUUUGGGCGGAGUCUUUGAUCUUUAUUUUGUCGCAGGCCCUUCACCGGUCGAGGUAUCCCAGCAGAUCUCUGAAGUUGUGGGAAAACCUGCUAUGAUGGCAUAUUGGACCUUCGGCUUCCACCAAUGUAGGUAUGGCUACCAAGACGUAUACCAGGUAGCAGAAGUUGUAUACAACUACAGUCAAGCGAAUAUACCUCUUGAGGUACGGGUCUUCUCAUCGUUGAAUUAG